CACAUCGACGUUGUAUUCGCUCACUUUCAUUUUAAAAAGAAAGUAAUGGUGGAGCACUUACGCAGCUGCACUUCCAUGCAUAACUUGCAUUCAGCACUAAGCUGAAGGUUGCUUGAUUUGGAAAUUAUUUGUAGUUGUUAUCAUUAAACAAACAAAACCUACCAAUGACGCCAACGGAAUGAUCGCUUUUGGGGGCUAUCUGUCCGGUUUUUACUGCCAACAGACUUUCAGCGAAGCACCGAGACGCACCUGAGACUCUCAAAAGACUUUCAACCUCGCCCCCGGUUGAUGCCAAACGUCAUGACCAUGAACGAUGACGGCCGUUCGCUUACCGCCGCCGCGCCGCUGGACCUGAGUACCAGUCAGCGGGGGAGCACCUCGUCCGCAGCGGCGCCAGACCGCCCAUGUUGCCGCAAGGAGACCGUCGGCUCACCUGCGCCUCCGCCUACGCCGGGUUUCCCUCGCAAGAGACCGGCUGACGGGGCUUCCCUCCGGCUUCCUUUUCGGAAGCGACCUAUCGCCGUGGAGCCGGAGGAGCGAGCGUCUGGAGACGUGGGACGAGUGGAGCGCUUUUCCCCGGCGACGGGGGAGGCUGUCGCGCCGCAGCGACGCGAGAGAAGCGCCGCUGAGGGUCGGCUGCCUGUUGCUGGGGCAACCCACAUGCACGCGAAGGAGGCUGAGCGGAGUUUGGAAGCUUUUCCCGUCCACGUCGUGUCCUCCUUCACUUAUGGUCACUGUCAGGCAUACCCCUACCCGGAGGCGGAGCAUCUCAGCUUCCAGCACUCGCGGGACCCGCUGAGGAGCAUGGCGCUGGCCACUCGGCAAGAUGAAGACGGAGACACAGCCCUGCACAUCGCAGUGGUGCAAGGCAAGCUGGACCUCGUGCGCCAACUCGUCCGGCUGCUGCAGUGUGCCGGCAGGAGCCUGGACAUCUACAACAACUUGCGACAGACUCCACUCCACCUGGCCGUGAUCACCCGGCAGUCAGAUGUGGUGGAGGCGCUGCUGAGGGCCGGGUCGGACCCCUCCUCAUUGGACCGCAAUGGCCAGACGGUGCUCCACCUCUGCUGCGAAUACCACCAUCCGCUGUGUCUGUCCAUGGUGCUUUCGCUCCCCUCGUCUGUCGCCUGCCUGGAGAUGAAAAACUUUCAAGGUCUGAGCCCGCUCCACGUGGCCGUACUCCACGGACACAGAGAUUUGGCUGCCAUGCUGCUGGUGGCGGGAGCUGAUGUCAACACUGUGGACAUCAAGAGUGGCCAGAGUCCCCUCAUUCUUGCCGUGGAGAGCAACAAUGCAGAAAUGGUCCGCUUCCUCAUUGAGAGCGGCUGCGAUGUGAACAGGCCGUCGUACAGCAGCAACACGGCACUGCACAGCGCCUGCGCGCGGGGCCAGGCGGACGUGGUGCGGGUGCUCCUCAAGAGCGGCGCCGACAGCAGUCUCAAAAACUACCACAACGACACGCCCGUCAUGCUGGCCAAGAACAAAAAGAUAGCAGACAUCUUACGAGGGAGGGGUUCAAAACCCGUACAAGUUCCAGAUCAACAUUUCGACAUGUCAGCCUCACCACACGGCACCAGCUUAAUGAUCAACAGUAGAGGUUCACCAUCUCCAAGCCACAGUCGUGGUUGUUCUCCAACAAUGCCUCACUGCGCCACCUCCCACUCACCAAGGACCCCACCAAUGUUCGCCUUUCCAUUUUACGAGCAGGAGUCCUCAUGUAUCAAAACUGGCAACUACUGCAUCCCUCGGAACAUCAAGCAAUGAGGAAAACGACAAAUCUAGCAUUCAGUGGUGUUGCAUAUUAAAAAGAGUAGCCGGUUUACUCAAAGAAUUAAUGGGGGAGAAACUAGCAGUGUUCAGAGUUGGGUUGCUAGGCUAACCUAUGCUAACGCACAGGUUAAGUCACAUUUCCAGUGCCAUGUGAUUAUCUGCAAUGGAACUCCGGGUUUAAUUUGUUCAAUGACUGAGCUGUGAUGUACCUCAGCUUUGUUUGUACUCAGGGGUGUGCCAAGGCUGGGGGCGGAGGGGGUUUAGGCACCCAUUGCUGGAUACUGUAUACAGCAGUGAUUCUUAACCUUGUUGGAGGUAUCGAACCCCACCAGUAUAAUAUGCGCAUUCAUCGAACCCCUCUUUAGUGAAAAAUGUUUGUUUUUUUCAAAUUGAAGACCUCAGUGUUUAUUACUAGUGCACAAAAUGAGCCGUGCAUGAACAUCACCUUGUUCAAAGAAAAAAAAAACACAAUGCAUGAAGUCAAAACAAAUUACAUACCUGCAGAUCAGAGUGACUGCUGCUGUUGCCUUUGCGAGACCAUUUCAGAUAUGCGUCAUCACGAAUUAACACAAUAAUCCAGGCAUGUUCGGACCUCCGCAGUGGAGGCUCUGGCGAACCCCUGAGACCAACUCACGGAACCCCUAGGGUUCGAUCGAACCCAGGUUAAGAACCACUGGUAUACAGUAUGCAGUGACUGUCCAGGACCCCCUGUACUUGUAAAGUGAUGGAAUUUGCAUUACAUUGCCUUGUGUGUUUUGUUUACAUAUGCUACGCAGAAAAAGAUAGGAAUUUGGAUUGGGCUUUCCAGUCAAAUUUCAAGAUAGACCUAAGUUAUAAAUAACCUUUACAGGUGAAUUUAUUCUGAACUUUUAAAUGUCCAUUUGUUCACUGUUUCAGUACGUUUUGUACAACUUGAUGUUUGACAACAUGGUGCUAAUGGCAAACCUUUCUGUGACCCUUCCAAUCUCACUGUAUCUCUGUAGCCCAAUACAGUAUCCCUAACCUUU